UGACACGUAAUGCGGUCACAUGACAGACUUGUGAAGAUGUCAAGCAGCGCUGUAUUUUUGGCUUGACUUUUGGGGUCUAUGUGAGAAUGGCUGUAAAGUGGUUUUGUCUUGGACUCAUUUUGUUGUUCCUUUGUCGAAAAACGGAGACACGUUUAUCUGUGAGGGAAAAGCAAAAUAAUGAAGUCAGCUCAUCUCACAGAGACCUCACACCUGAAUUUAAAGAAAAGUAUUUCAAACAAAUUUUAGAUCACUUUAAUUUCAUCAGCUUGGGGAAUGGCACGUUUGAUCAGCGCUAUCUUAUCACGGACCAGUACUGGAAAAAAGGCUAUGGCCCUAUUUUCUUCUACACUGGCAAUGAAGGAGACAUAUGGGACUUUGCUCUGAAUUCUGGGUUCAUAACAGAGCUGGCAGAAGUGCAGAGAGCUCUGGUCAUAUUUGCUGAACACAGGUACUAUGGAAAAUCUCUUCCAUUCGGAAAGGACUCGUUCAAUAUUCCUCAAGUGGGGCAGUUGACAGUGGAACAGGCUUUGGCUGACUAUGCAGUCAUGAUCACACAGCUGAAAGAGGAACUGGGAGCUCAGUCAUGUCCCGUCAUUGUUUUUGGUGGAAGCUAUGGAGGAAUGUUGAGUGUUUACAUGAGGAUCAGGUACCCAAAUAUUGUGACUGGAGCGUUAGCCGCUAGCGCUCCUAUCCUGUCAACAGCAGGACUCGGAGAAUCUAAACAGUUCUUCCAGGACGUAACCGCUGACUUUGAGAAGGUCAGCCCUGCCUGUAGAGAUGCAGUGAAAGGAGCUUUCCAGAAGCUAAACACUUUAGCACAACAGAAAGAUUAUAGACGUAUCCAGUCUGCUUUCUCCCUGUGUAAAACUCCCUCUACCUCAAAGGACAUUAAGCAGCUGAACGGACUCUUACGUAACGCCUUCACCAUGAUGGCCAUGUUGGACUAUCCUUACAGGACUCAAUUCAUGAGCAGCUUGCCAGCUUAUCCUGUGAAGGUGGCGUGUGAGACCAUGCUGAAUGGCACAGAUCUUAUGUCAGCACUCAGAGAUACUGUUGGCAUUCUGUAUAAUUCCACCGGGAAACUCGCAUGCUUUGACCUCUACACUCUUUAUGUGGAGUGUGCCGAUCCCACCGGCUGUGGCCUCGGAUUCAACAGCUACGCAUGGGAUUACCAGGCCUGCACUGAGAUUGAGAUGUGCUAUGAGAGUAACAACGUGACAGACAUGUUCCCCCCUAUGACGUUCACUGAGCAGCAGAGAGAACAGUACUGCUCUAAGAGAUGGGGGGUUGUGUCACGUCCAGGCUGGCUGAAGACCCAGUACUGGGGGAACGAUCUCUCCACUGCAAGCAAUAUCAUAUUUUCUAACGGCGACCUUGAUCCUUGGGCUAAUGGAGGGAUCAGAAAGUCACUUAGUUCGUCAUUGAUUGCGAUCAACAUACCAGAGGGAGCUCAUCAUCUAGAUUUAAGGGGAUCCAAUCCAGCAGAUCCUGAAUCAGUGAUCGCUGCUCGCAAAAUGGAAUCUGAAAUUAUUGCACAAUGGGUGAAGACCGCAAGAAAACAGUCGUCAUGAGUUUUUACAAU